CCGACCAUGUCCCGCCGCGCCGUAGUUGUCGAAGAUUUUGACGACGAUACAGACCUCCCCCUCCCAAACCGGGUGCUGCCCAACACUGGCGCACAAGGCGCCAUCCUUGAGGCUCUCUCAGACGACGAGGAUGGUGGUUCUGAGGCGGGCCCCGCCACACCCUCGUAUGCGCACUUCCAGCAGCGAGAGGCGGCAGGGGGAUUUGCACCAGCCGCCGCCGCCCCGAACAUGCCAAAGGACGGGGCCUAUCUGAAAUGGACGUGCAUCUACCCCAUCUACAUUGACGCCAAGCGUCCAUAUGGUACGGGUGAACGGCGCAUCGCGCGACAGAAGGCGGUCUGGUGGCCGCUCAGCAGGGACAUCGCCGAGGCGGCAAGCCGACUUGGACUCGGCGUGCUACACGAGGGCCAGAAGGCGCACCCGCGCGACUGGGAGAACCCCGGGCGGGUGCGCGUGCAGUGGAAGAAGGAUGGGCGGCUGAUGAACCCCAGUAUCAAGACGAAGAAACAGCUGCUCGAGUUGAUAUCUAUGCAGAUACAGAUGCAGAAGCCGGAUCACGUCCCCAAGCUCCCGUACAGCUUCGCGAGUGACAUGCCCGCGGAGCCCGCUCCGGCCCCCACGCCGUCGAAGGGUAAGCAGCCCGCGAGCAAGACCGUCGGGAAGGGUACGACCGCAGGCACGACGCUCUCGCCGGCCGCAGCGUCACUUCCCAGGUCAGGUAGCCAAAUAUUACCUCUACCUCCGGCGCCGCAUCCCCCGCUGCCAAAUCGCGUAUCGCCGUAUUCUCCAGCUCUCGUGUCCGGAAUCCUCGUGGAGACCGUUAAGGCUGGCAUGAGCGCUCCGGACCCCAUGGCAAAUGCCCUUGGAGGUGGGGGGAAGGGCAAGAGAAAGGUCGUGCGUGUUCGUCAAUGAGAGUGACUUAGACGGAAGUGGCGAUUGGUGUAUUGUAUGUACGUGUACGCACAGCUUGG